AUGGACACAGCCAGAACUGAAGGAUCGCGUGUCCGCCCGCCCGCAGGUGCCUCCAAGCAGGAYGUCCGGCAGCGGGUGUGGGACCACCUCGAGGCCAGCGGGCUGGCCGCCUUCCCGCGGCCCGUGCACGGCCGCAUCCCCAACUUCCAGGGGUCUCACCAGGCUUGUUGCUCUAUCAGAGAGCUGGAUGCGUUCCACAAAGCGAAUGAGAUCAAAGUGGAUCCUGACAAGCCCCUCGAGGGUGUUCGCCUGGCUGCGCUGCAGGCAAGGAAGACGCUGUUGGUUCCAACACCACGUUUGAGAACUGGGCUGUUUAAUAGAAUUGUUCCACCUCCAGGUGCGACUAAGGAGAUGCUACGGAUAUGUGCUACAUCUCAAGGUGUAAAAGACUUCAGUGUACCUAUAGGUCUUGAUGGGAAAGCACGAGUGGACUUGGUGGUUGUAGGAUCAGUGGCCGUCUCUGAAAAAGGCUGGAGAAUUGGAAAAGGUGAAGGUUAUGCAGAUAUGGAGUAUGCAAUGAUGGUGUCGAUGGGUGCAGUCCAGAAGGAUACACCUGUAAUUACUAUUGUGCAUGAUUGCCAGGUUGUUGACUUUGCAGAAGAGCUUCUUGAUGACCAUGACUUAACAGUGGAUUAUAUCCUCACUCCGACAAGARCUAUCAAGACUAACUGCAAACGAUUGAAACCACAGGGAAUAAUGUGGCAUAAGGUCAGCUAUGAGAUGCUUCGAAAAAUCCCUAUCCUAAAGAGCCUGCGAUACAGAGAGAAGCGGGCAGGCAAAGACGUUACCCUCAAGGAUGAACAUCCAGCCUUUGCAAACCCUGCUAAACCAACAACGUUAAAUGAGAAGGCAAUGGCUGAAAAUACAAGACCGCAGGCUGCAACGGGCUCAGCUCAAACAGGACAACAACAUGUUGAAACCAAUUCUUUAAGUCCCAGAUUAGAGGAAUCUGGCACCCUUACUACUGUGUACGUGGGGAAUAUACCUGCUAGUACAAGAGUGAGCGAGCUGAAAUCUGCUUUAAGGGAAUUCCAUGCGACUCCUUUACGAUUGAAUUGGCAAGGAGCACAGCACAGGGCUUUUCUCGAUUACAAGGAUAAAGCCACAGCGGCGAGUGCUGUAUCCUCUUUGCAAGGCUUGAGCCUCGGGGGCAAAACACUGCGAGUUGAGCUGGCCAAGAACCAGAGAAAUAAAGGACAAGCAGAAAUCAAUAGUCAGAAAUGAAUAUGAAUAGAGGGAAAAAUAGGC